AUGCCUUACCGGAGACGUGAUAAAGAGAGUGCUGCUCCUUUUAGCAGUGCUGGAGGAGAAAGGAACAAGGUAUUACGCCCCAAGGAGAAAAACGGUAGUUCAAUCUGGGGGAAAUUGUGCUGGAAGUACCUCAUUUCGUUCUUGUGCCUGUGGGUGUGUUUAAUUCAGUACUAUGAAAGAAGGGUCAUAAAGCGUGCAGUAAAUCGUUGUCAGUGGUCCAAAUGGGAGAAUUGGCCAAGCGGCGCAAGCCCGCAUCGUAUGGCUUUGCUUGCAGAUCCACAAAUCAUGGACGCACAUUCAUACCCUAGUAGGCCGUGGAUAGUUAACUACUUUACGCAACAACUGCUAGACAACUACCAUGCACGCAACUGGAAACAUUUGCACUAUCACUUAGACCCCGAUUCAACGUUCUUUCUAGGUGACCUCUUUGAUGGCGGGAGACGCUGGAACGAUAGCGACUGGUUCAAAGAGUAUGAGCGGUUCAAUAAGAUUUUCCCAAAGAAGCCUAACCGUCUAACCGUUAUGUCGCUUCCAGGUAAUCACGAUAUAGGGUUUGGUGACACAGUAAUUGAGGACAGCCUUACUAGAUUCAAGUUCUACUUUGGGGACCCGUCGUCCGCUUGGGAAGUCGGAAACCAUACAAUUGUUCUGUUGGAUACUAUUUCUUUGUCAGAUACAAAAAACGAGAAUGUGUCGGCUGUACCACGCGCGUUCUUAGAUUCAUUUGCGUCUAUUCCCAAAAAGCAUCCAAGAAUCAUGUUGACACAUGUCCCGUUAUACAGAGAUCCUAUCUCGCAAACUUGUGGAUCCAAACGUGAAUCUCAGAAGCCUUUUCCAAUGAUGAAGGGGGUGCAAUAUCAAACCGUUAUCGAUCAUGAACUGAGUCAAGAGGUUUUACAAACAAUCAGUCCCUCCUUAGUGUUUUCAGGUGAUGACCAUGACUACUGUCAUAUAAGUCACACUUAUUUGUUACCAAUAGGGCAGCAAACCGCUGAGGAAAUAACAGUGAAAUCGUGCGCAAUGAACAUGGGUAUAUCAAAACCAGCUAUCCAGCUGGUCUCACUUUACAAUCCAGAUGAUACAUUCGCAUCUGAAACAUAUCAUACGGACAUCUGUUACUUGCCCGACCCUUACAAACCCAUAAAAGUGUAUGUCUUCACAUAUAUCCUGACGACCAUACUAUUUUUUUGGAUGCAUUUCCACCCCAGCUCAUUCAAUAGACUAGUAGGCUCAACCUAUGACAGAAAGACUGAGGACCUGGCGAACGUUCUUCCAAUUGCAAACAAAAAGUCUGACUCUCGCUCGAGUCGUCAGGAGCUUGACGAAUUGUUCUCAACACAUAAGAAAUUGAUGUUUGAACGGUUUGCCUUAAACAUGGCUCUGAUGACUCUAAUGAUAUUCCUAGUUUUUGUAUUUUAUUACAAACAAAUUUGA